GUGACACACCACCAUACACCAUGAAAGCCUUCGUCGCGUGCAUAGCCCUUGCGCUGGUCUCCUGCGCCUACGCUGAAGCUCCCGGUGGCUACAACUACAACCGUCCCUCCGGUGGUGGAGGCUUCAGCGGUGGAUUCAGCGGCGGCCUCAGCGGCGGCGGUAGCUACCAAGCCGUUUCCUCGGGCUACCAGACCUCAGAAGGCCAGAACGUCGACCCUCAACUCCUCGAACAAAUCCGUCAGAUCCUCCUUAAAGAAGAAGCCUCAUCCUCAUCUCACGGUGGCAGCGCUCCUUCCUCAUCUUACGGAGCACCUUCAUCAUCCUAUGGCGUACCCUCAACUAGCUACGGUGUCCCGUCUGCCCGUGUUGUAGGACUCCAGCUUGAAGGUGUCCGUCAGGCCAUCCAGGUCGCUCAAUACGAACAAAGCGGCCACGGAUCUGGUGGUUCCGGUGGAUACCCCGGCCGCGUCCCCUCCGGUAGCUACGGCGCUCCUUACUAAGACGGAAUUCAAGCCCGGACCGAUAUUUGAUAUUCAAUUUGA